CAACGAACAAAGGUAAUAAGAGAGUUCUGGGAUACAGAAAGAAGUUAUGUGCAGGGACUGGAUCUCAUGCAUGAUCACUUCUUGACGCCGAUCAUAGUGUCGCUCGACAGUUCCCGUCCGCUCCUUAUGCGCACAGAAUUGACUACCAUUUUCUCAAAUUUUAUUGACAUUUGGAACUUCCAUCAUGCAUUUUUCAGUGCCCUGACUGCGCUGCUCUAUCCCUCUCUGUCUCACCUUGAUGUCCCAAAUCCUAACCCACCACCCCUUUCAGCACUCCUUCUCUCGCAUUUUCCUUAUCUCUCUCUUUACACGCCAUUUAUAACUGCAUUCCCAAGUUCUAUAUCCUUCCUU